GGCCCGCCGACGGCCAUGCUGCCCCGAGGGCGCCCCCGGGCGCUGGGGGCCGCCGCGCUGCUGCUGCUGCUGGGGCUGACGCUACUGCUCGGGCCCUUCCUGUCCGGCGGGGACCCCGAGCGCCGCCAGCCGGGCGGGCCAGCGCGGGGCCCGGGGUGCGCCCGCUGCCUGCUCACGCCACGUGUCCCUUUCGACGGGCAGCUGCGGGGAGAGCCGUCGGCGGGAUCCGGGGGCCACAACCGCUCCGCCUGCGCCCCGCAGCCGCCGCUGCCGCCCAAGUGCGAGGUGUUGCACGUGGCCAUCGUGUGUGCGGGGCACAACUCCAGCCGAGAUGUCGUCACCCUGAUGAAGUCCUUGCUCUUCUACAGGAAAAACCCCCUGCACCUCCACUUGGUGACUGACGCUGUGGCCAGAAGCAUUCUGGGGACACUCUUCCGCACGUGGAUGGUACCCUCCGUCCUUGUCAGCUUCUAUGAUGCUGAGGAGCUCAAGCCCCAGAUCUCCUGGAUCCCUAACAAACAUUACUCUGGCCUCUACGGGCUGAUGAAGCUAGUGCUGCCCCUUGCCCUGCCGCCCAGCCUGGCGCGAGUCAUUGUCCUGGACACAGAUGUCACCUUUGCAUCAGACAUCGCCGAGCUCUGGGCGCUCUUUGCUCACUUUUCUGACAAGCAGGUGAUCGGUCUCGUGGAGAACCAGAGCGACUGGUACCUGGGCAACCUCUGGAAGAAUCACAGGCCCUGGCCUGCCUUGGGCCGGGGAUUUAACACAGGCGUGAUCCUGCUGCGGCUGGACCGGCUUCGGCAGGCUGGCUGGGAGCAGAUGUGGAAGCUGACGGCGAGACGUGUGCUCCUCUCCCUGCCCGCCACCUCUCUGGCUGACCAGGACAUCUUCAAUGCUGUCAUUAAGGAGCACCCGGGGCUGGUGCGGCCGCUGCCCUGCGUCUGGAAUGUACAACUGUCUGACCACACGCUGGCUGAGCGCUGCUACUCUGAGGCCUCCGACCUCAAGGUGAUCCACUGGAAUUCCCCCAAGAAGCUGCGGGUGAAGAACAAGCAUGCCGACUUCUUCCGCAACUUGUACUUGACCUUCCUGGGGUACGAUGGGAAGCUGCUGCGGAGGGAGCUCUUUGGGUGUCCCAGCCAGCCCCCACCUGGGGCUGAGCAGCCCUGGUCCUCUUCUCCCGGACCACCCCCCUCUCCUCCCCCUCAGUUACAACAGGCUUUGGCCCAACUCGAUGAGGAAGACCGCUGCUUCGAGUUCCGGCAACAGCAGCUCACUGUACACCGAGUCCACAUCACCUUCCUGCCCCACCAGCCACCACCUCCCCGGCCUCGUGAUGUCACGCUGGUGGCCCAGCUCUCCAUGGAUCGGCUGCAGAUGCUGGAAGCCCUGUGCAGGCACUGGCCAGGCCCCAUGAGCCUGGCCUUGUACCUGACAGAUGCAGAGGCCCAGCAGUUCCUGCAUUUCGUGGAGGCCUCCCCGGUGCUUUCUGCUCGGCAAGACGUGGCUUAUCAUGUGGUGUACCGGGAUGGGCCCCUCUACCCAGUCAACCAGCUCCGAAAUGUGGCCUUAGCCCAGGCCCUCACGCCUUACGUGUUCCUUAGUGACAUUGACUUCCUGCCGGCCCACUCUCUCUAUGACUACCUCAGGGCCUCCAUCGAGCAGCUGGAGCUGGGCAGCAGGCGGAAGGCAGCUUUGGUGGUGCCCGCCUUUGAGACCCCACGUUACCGCUUCAGCUUCCCCAGUUCCAAGGCUGAGCUGCUGGACCUGCUGGACACGGGGGCCCUCUACACCUUCAGGUACCACGAGUGGCCCCGGGGCCACGCACCUACAGACUAUGCCCGCUGGCGGGAAGCCCAGGCGCCAUACCGUGUGCAGUGGGCAGCUGACUACGAGCCCUAUGUGGUGGUACCACGUGACUGUCCCCGCUACGACCCGCGCUUUGUGGGCUUUGGUUGGAACAAGGUGGCCCACAUCAUGGAGCUGGAUGCCCAGGAAUAUGAGCUCCUGGUGCUGCCCGAGGCCUUCACCAUCCACCUGCCCCACGCUCCAAGCCUUGACCUCUCCCGCUUCCGCUCCAGCCCAGACUACCGAGCCUGUCUGCAGGCUCUCAAAGAGGAAUUCCAUCAGGACCUGUCCCGAAGCUAUGGGGCCUCUGCCCUCAAAUACCUCACUGCCCUGCAGCAGCCCCAGAGCCUGGCCUGAGCCUCCCUGGAGCCCAGGCCUCCUUGGAAUGGGUUACUAUGCCCUGGAGCCUCGGCUCAGGCAGACCCACCCACCAACCUCCCUUCCCUAUCUGCUAUUUAAAUUAUUUAAAAGGUCUGUGGUCAGACUGGGUGGAGCACUGUGUGGGGAGUCCUCCCCCUGCUGCUAUCCUCCUGCUAGCGGUUGGCCUCCCCUCCCCUUGCCCCAGCUGGUUUGGGGCUGGUGCUCCAUCAUCAAUUGUAUAUCCCUAUUUCAUAAUUAAAGUUUUUCAAAUCUC